AUGUGGCCGAGGUCGUGCCAAGCCCGCGGGCCCCUGGCCCUCAUGGGCCUCUGCUUUGCGUUGGCCGCCCCCUCCUUGGCUCUCACCGACGCCGGGCCGCAUGUCAACUACGGCUGGGGGGAACCGAUCCGGCUGCGGCACCUCUACACCACCAGCCGGCACGGUCUCUUUAGUUACUUCCUGAGGAUCCACAGCGACGGCCGAGUGGACGGCACCAGCGCCCAGAGCCUGCACAGUUUGCUGGAGAUCAGAGCCGUGUCCCUUCGCACGGUGGCGAUCAAGGGCGUGCAAAGCUCUCGGUACCUGUGCAUGGAAGAGGAAGGCAGGCUGCGAGGGCUGCUUAGGUAUUCUAUGGAGGACUGUUCUUUCGAAGAGGAGAUGCGUCCUGAUGGCUACAAUAUCUACAAGUCAAAGAAGUAUGGAAUCUUGGUGUCCUUAAGCAGUGCCAGACAAAGACAACAAUUCAAAGGGAAAGACUUCCUUCCAUUGUCUCAUUUCUUGCCUAUGAUCAACACUGUGCCACUGGAACCUACAGAUUUUGAAGAACGUGGCGACAUCAGACACCCUGUUGCAUCAUCUGAUAUUUUCAGUUCACCCCUGGAAACUGACAGUAUGGAUCCCUUUGGUAUUACUUCAGAAGUAUCGGUGCAAAGUCCUAGCUUUGGGAAAUAAGCAGGGGUUUCUAUACUCCACAGGAAAAACAUUGCCAGUAGGCUAGACUAGGAUUUUUGCCAGUGAUAUUGAAGACAUGGAGACUUGUUUAGAUAUUGUACUUCCCUGUUACACAAAUACCAAUACUAAUUACAAGAAAGAAACACACAAA